AUGUGGAAGUGGAUAGAAAAGAUUGGGCCCAUGUGUAUUGCACACUUUCUAUUGAUACCUAUCAUCACCACAUCAAUUUUGUCCAUGGUGGGCUGCAUCUCAAUCUCCCCGGUGAUACCCCAACUUUUUAUCGCCGAGCUCCCCGACAGUAACGUCCAGUUUGGCUACAUUGGGAUCUGCAAGACAGGAGGCAACGCCACAAUCUGUACAUUAGCCCUUGCAACCCCCCCUGCGGACCUGGCCACGAGACUAUCCCUCUCAAUCGACGUCGUCCACCAUGUCCUCACCCUUCAGCAAUCCGUAUCCCUCGCUCUUCCCGCCCUGAACAGCAUCCUCAUCGCCGUCGGUUAUGUCGCCUUCUGGUUUGGAUGGGGGAUGACUGACGAGAAGUCUGUAAAAUCGCGCCGCCGCUGGAUUGCCACCACUCGGAUCGUGCUGUGGAGCGCUGUUGGUACUGCCUUUGCCGCGGCAUACUUGCUUACCUUCAGCAUCAGGGCUAUGGAGGUGGUUGCGCCGCCAGCCCAGCCGACGACUUCGACGACUUCGACGACUCUGACGACUUCGGCUGGGCUGGCUGUCACGAAGGGUUCGCCGUUGCAGGUUCUGCAGUGGGCGGUGUUUGUCUUCACGGCACUGUUUGUCAGCACUAUCCAUUAUAUACUGCACAAGAUUGUGAAAGAAGCCCGCGACGGGAUUCUACCGAAGGUCGAAGUUCGUACUGGUGAUACAGCAGCAGCUGGAAGCGAUCCGAAAGCGAGCACAGAAAAUGAUGCACCAGCGACAGCAACAUCAGGACCACCAUCAGCACCGCCGCUACCGCCGCUAGCAAUGCCACCACAGAACCUCCAAUAUAGCGCAAUCCAUUCCGUGUACUAG